AUGGCGUCUGGUGGGAAGCUCUUCACCAAGCGUUUGCUCGAACGUUUCAGGGCGACGAAUUCGUUUGAGCGCACUGCAGUUGUCAAAGCGGCGACGCCUCCUAUCGUUCCGCAUGAGUGUUCCGAUCACAGAGGUUUCCUUAGGCGGUUUCUGCUCCUCCGGCGGGCGGUGCACCACUCCGGUCCGGCGCGACUGCCGGAGUUUCUUUUUCUUCCUGUUGGAGAGAAACUCCGGGAGGCACUUAAGGGCAUUAACAACGGCACUGGUCUCACCCCGGUGACGGUGCCGGUCGCCGGCGACGCCGUGUGCAGAAACGGAAUGUCUGUGGAGGAUGCGAGGAAGAUUCUGAGGGCCACGCAAAUGGAGAAGGUAAAAGCAAGGUUGAGGAAUGUUCCAGAAAAUUCAGUUCAGUAUUCUGAGUUCUUGCGCAUGUGCGUUGAGGCUUGUGAGAACCAUGAUCAAGGUGUGGAGUUUGCAAAGAUCUUGGAUGAUUCGGGAAACGUCAUCGUCCUGGGAAACAUCGUUUUUCUCCACCCUGAACAGGUGGCAAAAUCAAUAGAAAGCUUAAUGAAUCAAUCAAUAGCCAACCCAAACGACCCCAGAAGGGACGAGUUAAAACAGAUGGAAAAGCAAAAGGCAAUGAUUGAUAAUAAGGCCAAGGCCCAGGUCCGAACUGAGCUUUAUUUUGGGUUGGGCUUUUUGACAGUCCAAACUCUUGGUUUCAUGAGACUCACCUUCUGGGAGCUAAGUUGGGAUGUUAUGGAACCUAUAUGCUUCUUUGUUACAUCUUUUGGGUUUGCUCUGGCAUAUCUUUUCUUCCUCAAGACAUCCACAGAACCCACCUUUCAGGGUUUCUUCUUUCACCGAUUCAGGGUUAAGCAAGAACGUCUAAUGAAGACAUACAACUUUGACAUGGGGAGGUACAAUGAGUUAUGUAAAACAUGUUAUCCCACUUUUCAUGCUGCUGCCAAAUCUGAGUCUUCUUCACUCUUCCACCAUUCAGGAGGGGACUAG